UUUUUUCACUAUAAAUAUCUUUCACUGAUUCUAUUAUUACUGAAUUUUAUUUUUUCCAACACUAUAAAAAGGAAGGAGGAAUUGAGUGAGACGUCCAAAGAAUAGACAUUACAAGGAAAAUCUACUGCUUCAGCCUUCGAGUACUGCGAAACAAAAGCCGCCUAUGAUGGCCACGCCUCCGGCCCCGGCCAAGGGCACCGCCGCGGCCACUGCCACUGCCACUGCCACUGCCACUCCCACGGCCGCGGCCACCUUUCAACACCGCGUUCCUCCUAGCGACGAUGAUUGCACAUCGGAGGCCUUUAUAAAUCCAACCCUUUUACGGUGGAUGAGAGCCCUUGCCCGAGGUUACCAAAGCCUGCUAGAUAAGUGGAACCCUUACGUUCUUAACCGGUGGAUCGCAUCAUCUAUACUCCUAAUUGUGUAUUUUCUGAGGGUUCUUUAUCUCCGAGGCUUCUUCGUAGUCUCCUAUGGACUCGGUAUUUACCUGCUCAGCCUUUUGAUCGGUUUUAUUUCCCCAAAAGUCGACCCGGAUCUUGAGGGCCCAACCCUGCCCACCCGGAGCUCCGAUGAGUUCCGCCCUUUUGUCCGUCGACUUCCGGAGUUCAAUUGCUGGUACUCAUUUACCGUAGCAGUCUGCAUCGCAUUGGUAUUGACGUUCUUCAGUGCACUGGAUGUUCCUGUUUUCUGGCCAUUACUGGUCUUUUACUGGGUUGUUCUGUGCAUACUUACUCUGAGGAAACAGAUAUUACACAUGAUGAAGCACAAGUAUGUGCCGUUUACAGCUGGGAAGAAGGUUAAAUUUAUCCCCUCUUAUGUCAGAUAUUGUUCUAUUCAUUCCAUUGAAGUUAGUCUUGAACUAUUGUUCAGUUAUGUCUUAGAAAUUUAUUCUUUUCCCCAGACGUAUGGCAAGAAGAAAUCUCAUUCAUCGGAGAAUGUGAGCCUUUCGGCAUAGGCAGACAUGCAGGUUACUAUAUUCUUUUAGAAUUUUCUUUUCUCUUGUAGCGCACUUUGUAAGGUUACAAUUUCUCAACUGAUGCAGAUUUCUAAAUACAUGUUUCAGUGGCGCUACACCAUAUUCCCUGGGAAGCUGGAGAUUUUACAGGAGAAGGGACCAACUAUGGGAUAAUACCAUCACCUAUUCUAGUGAGAACUUUCUGUAUAGAUGGAACUUAGAAGUAGACUUGGUUCCUAACUAAAUUAGUGCCUAUAUAAUGAUAUCUUUUGUCUUAGGAGUUUGUCUAGCAUGCAUAAUAUGCUGACAUCAAAUUGGAAAAUCAAGUCCAUUUGGGGUAGCUUAACUAGUCUAGCACUUCUGACUUGUUAAAGAAUGGAAAAUACUGUGUUAAAGAGGUAAAUUUUGCAGCUGCUUUGGAUUUUACAAAGGAUGCAAGCUCUCUUUGCAUUAACAGUUUUAACUAUUGGCAUUUGACCGGUACCAUUCUUCUUUAUAAGUUUAUAUUGCUAAUUCUAGCGCAAGCUCGUCCCAGCAAUCGCAUUAAGUUACUCUUUCGGUCUCAAAAUGAAAAUGGAUGUCAUGUUUGUUAUAUUUUGGGAGAGAGGAAGUAUAUGUAGUUGGUGUACCGCAUCUUUGUAGUAAAUGACACAAAGCAAUCCAAUCCACUCUUUAUACUUGGGUAGUACAUGUAAAACACACUCACUAGUUCUCAAAAUCAUUUCGGGUUGGAAGCAUCAAAGGGCAAUGAAUAAAAAAGACUCUGCGUCUCUGCUUGGAAGCAUCAGAAGGACACAAGAUCAUUGGUGGUCUGUGAUAGCCAUAAACUCCAAUCAUAUAGACCCACAACAAUCUGUAUAGUGUAUAGCAAUUUUGUCUUCGCAACAUUUGAUGUAGACAGUCCCCUUCAGAAGUUCCUUAAGAUGGUGGUCUGUAAUAGCCAUAAACUCCAUAAAAUGUUUGUGCAAACGUUAGCACCAGUAAGACCACAGCAGCAACAACUGAGAUAACUGCCCAAGGGUUAUUGAAAUAUUUAUGGCAAAGAGUUGCCCGCCAAGUGUUCCAUCUAUGAUCGCAAUAGCGGUUUACUUGCCCCGAUAACGGCGAAAGAUAACUGUCACUUAUGUCGAAAACCACUUCUUGGCACAGUCGAUUAAACAGGUCAGCUACUUCAGCAUCACUACCAAGCCAAUGCUCAAUAAUUCCGUAAUGAUGUAGAAUGCUCACAUCUUCGGGGGAGUUGAUCAAGUUAUCCAUGAAGAUCACAUACGAUGUAAUGUAAUUGGUGCUGUCAAGAUGACAUUGUUCGAAGGCGAUGAGGUUGAGAAAAAGGGACAUCGUACCAUCAUGGAUUAGAAGCCGAGGAAUCUUGAGGACUCCAUCCUUGAAUUUGACAUCCCAGAACCGGUCUGUUUUCCGUUUCUUAAAGUUAAUUCCGGCUUCUCUCAACUCUGUGACACAGUGAAUGAGCUGCUGCCGGCGCUUAUCUGCAACCCGGUGGGAAUUAGACCAUUUCUUCACCCAAACUUUUGGAGUUGGUUGAGGCCCUGAUCUCAGUAGACUCCUCCGGAAGACAUCCAGGCAAUGUACCCCUCCAAAGUCUGCUAGUGGAUCAAAAGCAGAGGUAUGUCCCAUAGAAAUUUCAAGUUUAUGCCUAUCACUUUUACUCAAAGGCUCAUCAGUCGGCGUUAAAGGAUCGAAAAACCUUAAAGCAAGCUUGCUUACAAUGCCUUUAAGAUCAGGCUGCCCAACUUGAAUGCCAAACAGACGAUCCAGUACAAACAGAGGAAUUUGAUUCUCCAGCAUUAUCAUAUCCCUUUGAAUGGAAUGCAUUGAUCCACGCAUCGAGAAGAUGGGAUCACUUCUCGAAUACCCCAAUUGACUGAACCCUUCCGCGACACCGCGAAACAGCUCCAGAAUGAAACAACCAUCAAGGACCAUCAUUUCCACGAACUCAUCACUGCUGAGGCAAAUCUGUCCUUCAUAACAAGCCCGAGCUCUUUCUUCGAGUUCUUUCACUGCAUCAAGAUAUAGUUUUAUGUCGUGAUUGGUCCUCUGGAGGAUAUGUGAAACAGCGCGCCAUUUGUGAGGAUCCAUGUUUCGUAGUCUUCGCUUGUUGUGAUGAUAAGGUCCUAAUGAAACAAUCUGAGGAAGAAAACAUUUGUCAUUUCCCUCUCGCAAAUAUUGAGGUAUUCUGUAAAUGCAGAGUUUGGACCAAGUAUUUGCACUAUCAUCUUGGUAAGCAUGAUCCAGUUUUUGCCUGAUGCUAAUCACCCAAUCAGAUUCUGGUGAUUUGGGACCUUCUUCAACUCUGGCAGUUUCAUCUUUGAUCACUACUUGCAAUGAAUCAGAGGGUUGAUGCUUUUCUUCCUGCAGCUGCUGUUGAGGUGGUGGUUGGGGCUCUGUAAAUUCAAUUGAUCUCGACGUAGAGGCGCCGGAUGUCGCCGGAUUUUGACCGUCUGGAACUCCGGCUCCGACUGUUUCAUUGAGUUUUAGUGUGAUCAGAUACCAACUCAGAAGAUCUUUGUUGAACACAGCAACCAUUUUGUGGUUGAUGAGUUUGAUCUAAUCUGUACUUUUUCUGAGUUUCUCUAUUUGGAGAUGAUAAUGAUUAAGGAACAGAAGCUUGAACAUUAUGAUUUCUUUGGGGAAUCUUAGACCUUUAAAAUAAUGGAAUCAAACACGUUGCUUGUGUACAAUAAAUGGGGUAGAUCAUCUUGGCAUAAUUCUGAGACGUUGGAGUUGACCCAAUCCAACUCUACUGCCCACAUGCCCUCUAUAAUAUCUUUGAAACACGAAAUCCUAGUUGUCAUUGCUUGUUUCUUCUACUUUAAACAUUUAGUCGUUGAAUUGGGGGAUUCGCGAAUAAGCAGAUGUGCAUCUUGCAGUAAAUUUUGAGUAACAAAUGAUAUUCUCG